UGACUUUUAAGCAGUGACAGUUAAGUAUGCAGCAAGCCAUAAUCGGGUACGGUACGGACGGCGGUGUGACGCUUGUUUGCUGAUGGUAAAAAUUAAUAAAACAAAACGAAACAAACACAUUAAAUGUUUUUUUUUUUUGUUAACCAAUAAAUACGAGUGGCUCAUUCCAUUUCGCCUUAUAUUACGUAGUAGUUCUUUCGGUUCGUUGGAAUGUGUGUGUGUGUAUCAUGUCGUGUUUAAUUAUAUCAAGAAUUAAGAAUUAAUUCAAAACAAACAAGAAAACAAGUGAAAUAAGUGUCAUUGUCAAGAAAACCCCCACCUGUUAUCUUGUGGAUUUUUGGUUAAAAAAGUUAAAAAAGAUUUAAAUAAUUAUAUUUCAAUUAAAUUCAAUAAAUGGUGUGAUAAGAUUUGAUAUCAACAUAAUUGUUUGAAAAAAAAUCAAAAUAGAUAUUUAUGUUAAAUAUUCAAUCACACAAACUUCAUGUCGCCGUACAACUUGUGUUUCUAAGGUGGAUAGCGGAAUCUCGUCUACAGCAUGAGGACAUAUUUUAGCUGGCUACACAAAAUUAUUCUCACGCAUCACCAUGUAUAGUCAAGGCGGAGUUUCGAAUCUAAAACUCUUCGUUACUUUGAUGAUAGGAAUAGCAAUUGGCUUCACCUUCUCGCAAGUAACGGAUACAUCCAAAUAUGAAAUACCCAAUAUAGCCAAUACGGUGAGAUAUCAGGAUCUGUGGACGCAAUCAAAUCCAGGUCAAGAAAUAAAAGAAGACGACGAAGGACAUGAAGAGGAGUCAACCGAUAAUUAUGUAAAUGAAGUUUUGGACCAUGAUGUAAUAUCGCGUAAUCCCCGAGAAGAUAAUGGACAAGAAGAGGAAUCAAUAAUACGGGAUACGAAUCAAAAUCAUAGCAUUAAGGAAACUGUUGUCAAUGAUUAUCGUUACUAUGAAGUCAAUACGACAAUUGCUGAUAAGUUAUAUGACGAAGUAAAAGUCCUGUGUUGGAUCCUUACGGGUCCGGCAAAUCAUCAAAAGAAAGCCAUUCACAUUAAGAAUACCUGGGGUUCACGCUGUAACAAGUUGUUGUUCAUGAGCUCUCAGGAGGAUGAAGAGCUGGGUGCAGUCAAACUACCCGGUGUGGGUGAGGGAAGAGGAAAACUGUGGAAUAAAACUCGAGAGGCCUUUAAAUAUGUUUAUGAACAUUAUUUGGAUGAAUACGAUUGGUUUCUGAAGGCCGAUGAUGAUACGUAUGUGAUUGUGGAAAAUUUGAGAUUAUUUUUAUAUCCCAUGUCAAAGGAUGCCCCAGUUUACUUUGGCUGUAAAUUUAAACCCCAUGUCCGACAGGGUUACAUGUCUGGCGGUGCUGGUUAUGUCCUUAGCAGAACUGCCCUCAAACGUUUCGUUGAAUUGGGCCACAACAAUCGCAUGAUAUGCCGCAAAGGUCUGGGCGGUUCCGAAGAUGCCGAAAUGGGUAGGUGUCUGCAAAAUGUGGGCGUAGUAGCUGGCGACUCACGCGAUGAGCUGCUCCGAGGACGUUUCUUUCCAACCCAACCAUCGGGUCAUCUUAAGCCCAAGGAUAAAACUAGUUGGUAUUGGCGUUACAUAUUCUACAAAACCAAUGAUGGUCUUGAUUGCUGCUCCAACUAUGCCAUAUCAUUCCAUUACGUCCAGCCAGAUCAGAUGUAUGUCAUGGACUAUUUAAUAUAUCAAUUGAAACCAUUCGGUAUAUUACCGACUUAUUUGGAACUACCACCGAAGCACAAUAUGGAUGAGCUACUCGAUAAAUGGCGGAAUGAAGUGUCGGAUAAUCCAUUAUAAUUAACUUUAGAUAAAUAAUAUUUAAAUUAGACAAUAGUAAAAAAUUAAACAUGCUGUGAUUUACACAAACUAUUUAAA